GGAUUCAUCGCAAGCUUGUCUGUACAUAACCACCCACCAUGAGUGUUGCGGGCAACAUAGACCUGGAUUACUGGGAGGACUUCUUCACUGAGAAGAAGGACCAAGAAUACGACUGGUACUGCACCUACAGCGCUAUGGCCAAAAUACUCAGGCGGCACGUAAAGAAGGGUUCCAAUGUGCUUGUGAUGGGAUGCGGAAACUCGCCGUUCUCUGCCGAUCUGUACGACAAUGUACCUGACAUACACAUCACAAAUAUUGAUUUCUCACCAAUCUGUAUCCGUUCAAUGCUGAUGAAACAUUUACGCGCACGUCCGGGGAUGAAAUGGCUUGUUCAGGAUUGUACGAAAAUGCCAAAGAUUGCUAACAAGUCGAUGGACGUGGUAUUGGAUAAGGGGUGUGCAUACUCCAUGAUGCGAGACAGGGGUGUGUCUGUGCGAAAGAUGCUGCGACAAGUUCGGCGUGUACUGAAAACCGGUGGCAUACUGAGUAUGGUUACGCUUCUGACCCAGGAUUUACUGAUGAUAUUGCUAAGCUCAAAGGAAGCGAUAUAUAAGGGCCAGGGGUACAUUAAAUUCGAGCUGCUGAAACCUACGUUCAAUGAGAAGCGAGAGCCCAUACAGCCAUUUCACAUCACAAUGACAUACGAAGCACCCGAGUGUGCUGAAUCUGAAAUGGAGGGUCAAGUGAUGGAGGUUGAGGACAUCUCUGAGCACCAAGAGGAGCAGAAGAUUGUGAUUGCAUUUGAGCGUGGGGAUGGGAGGGGUGUCAAUGCGGGCAUCGUGGAGGCUGCGUAUCUGUUCUUACUUGAGGAGAAGGAACGAAGGGAAAAGGCGUGUAAAGUUGAGUCAUAAGGCGGAAAGACAGUCAAGUAUAAGUAACUAUGUGUUAGUUACAUCCGUACAAUUGAGAUAAAAAUCGAGUCGUCACUGAGGGCACACCAGUUACGAGACCUAAUUCUCAUCUUUUCCAAGCAGUGUACCUCGUAUACUCCAAAAACAGCACCAAAUAUCUAUGGGCGACUACUGGUGCCAAGACCAUUGUCG